AUGAGCUUUAAACCGUUCGCUCUGCGUGGAGUGGUGGUGCACGGUCACGGUCGAGGCGGCACGAAGCUUGGAUUUCCCACGGCCAACGUGCAACUCACCGAUCACGUCACAGAGGAGCUGAAGCGGUACACCAAUCUCGUUGUCUAUGGCUGGGGAUGCGUCAUGGAGUCGGGGGAGGAAAGCGAAAACAGUGGCACAAGCAAAGGGCCAUACCCGAUUGCCAUGUCAAUUGGCUUUAACCCGCAUUUUCAUGAUAAGGCACUCACGGCAGAAGUACACUUCUUGCAUGAGUUUGGCCAAGAUUU